AGCUGGAUCACUUCAGAAUUCAAAACCCAAUUUCAGUUACAAAAGUCAUCAGAAACAAAAGCAAAAACAAAGAAAAAAGGAAAAACAAAAACUCUCAAAACAUUUUCGUUUUCUAAAACGAAAUGAUGGCAAAAUGCUCUCUUCAAUCUACUGAUCCCCACCUCUGCCAGAGCCUCGAUGGGCUUCGCCACCUCGCUGAAACGCGCCGUUUCAAGGCAUGGUUCUUGGAUCAAUUUGGGGUCCUCCAUGAUGGAAAAAAGCCUUAUCCUGGUGCAAUUUCUACAUUAGAAAAGCUAGCAACCACUGGUGCAAAAAUGGUGAUCAUAAGUAAUUCUUCACGGCGUGCUUCAACAACGAUGGAAAAGAUGAAGAGCCUUGGAUUUGAUACCUCUCUCUUUGCUGGAGCAAUUACUAGUGGAGAAUUAACACAUCAGUACUUACAAAGGAGAGAUGAUGUGUGGUUUGCAGCAGUCGGAAGGUCUUGCAUUCACAUGACUUGGAGUGAGCGGGGUGCUAUAUCCCUUGAGGGGCUAGGCCUACAAGUCGUAGAGAAUGUAGAAGAAGCUGAGUUUAUUUUGGCCCAUGGUAGUGAAGCGUUGGGGCUUCCUUCUGGAGAGGCACGUCCUACUGGUCUUGAGGAUCUUGAAAAAAUAUUGGAGCUUUGUGCAGCUAAGAAAAUCCCAAUGAUUGUAGCCAAUCCAGAUUAUGUUACUGUUGAGGCUAGGGCUCUGCGUGUUAUGCCUGGUACUUUGGCAUCCAAAUAUGAAAAGCUUGGAGGUGAAGUGAGAUGGAUGGGCAAACCUGAUAAGAUAAUAUAUAAAUCAGCAAUGAACAUGGUUGGUGUGGAUGCUUCUGAUUCUAUUGCCGUGGGUGAUUCUCUUCACCAUGAUAUUAAGGGAGCCAAUGCAGCUGGAAUCCAGUCAGUAUUUACCACUGGAGGGAUCCAUGCAAAUGAACUCGGACUCAACGGUUUUGGAGAAGUUGCAGAUUUAUCUUCUGUCCAAACUCUUGCAUCGAAAUAUGAUGCAUAUCCAUCAUACGUGUUACCAGCAUUUAUAUGGUAAAAUCUUAUCAUGGAAUGCAUGAGUGAAUUCUUGUUCCCAACCGCGUGAAAUUUUCUAGAAUCAAUGAGUAUUGGUACUUGAAAGCGGUGUGAGACAAAAACUCAGGAUGGAGUUUGAGAACAUCGGUAUUCCGACCAACCAUCCUUUUACAUUUAAAUGGUAACAUCUUGAUUCAAUUUCGGAAACUCACAUAAAUUUUUGUUGUAUUGAACAAUUAAACCUUCUAUGAGCAAUAUUUGAAUAAUAAUUGGAAAAUAAACUCUUGAAGGCUAUCCUUCAAUAUUGGUUGA